CCGGCAUACUGUUUCACCCAUAUCAAACACAAACAGACCUGUCAAAAUACAGAGCAAACUGGGACUUAGUUCGUCGUACAGACAGUCUAUUUUGGAGCUACGGAACAGAACAGUUAGCUUAAUAACUUACUAUGUAGCUGUCAAUGCGCACUAAAAUUGUUGCAUGCUUUUUGACAAUGUAGUAGUAUGUAGCAGAUUCUUAGCUGUACCACUAACACAAGCAUCGUUCCCUAUCUGAGGUCACUGCGCUAGCUGGACGCAAUCUUGCAAGGUGAAUUUGGUUUGAAAGAACUUCUAAUCAUAAACACCAUCCCGAAGCUUACAGAAUGAAUCAGUCUACGCAAGAACGAGAACAUAGAGAGUACCGGUACUCACCGAUCCCCGGUGGAGGUACUGUGGGGAUAGAACUGCAGGAACUAGCAGAGAUGGAGGACACUGGGGAGGGCGAACACUUCAUCCGGGAGGGCAGACCUCUCUAUACCACUAACAGUUGCAUGCGGAGUAAACGUGCUGUGACCGCCUUGUGCCUGAUGCUGGUACUGGUCAUCAUCAUCGCCCUGGGAGUUGGGGUCAAGAUAGACCAACCAGGCACAUCCUUACAAAAAGGACACGAUUUUGCCUUCAGUGGAAAAGUGAAGAUACUCACGACAACGGACAUAGAUCCUGAAACGGCAGCCCAACUGCGUGAUCCUUCAUCGACUUUGUUUAUGGGCAUGGCGAAGCAAAUCAAAGAAUCGUUGAAAGAAGAGUACACGAAAAGCAACCUGGCGCACGCGUACAGCUUUGCAGAGGUCAAGAAACUACGUCAGGGCAUCAUAUGUAACUUCGUCAUCCAUUUUAGAGCGACCAGAGAACCAGACAUACAAGCCGUUCGCUCGGUGAUAGCCCACUCUACGACACUCGGCCGCCUGAACAUCGAUCCAAAGUUUACAAAAAUCACACGCUACGUACACACGUCUUCGUCGAGCACUACUACCGAUAGUGUAGGCGUUUCUACGUCCGUAUUACGUACUCCUACUACUACUGCUAGAACAACGACUGCUACUACCACUACUACUACUACAGCAACUACUACUACUACAGCCGCUACUUCUGAUUCAGCAAGACCGACGACAAAGACAACGAUUGCCACUUCAACCAUCGGAAGCUCUACCGAGGAGAGAACCAUGCGUUCUACAUCAGUACUGCACCCUACAACGUCACAAGGCGAAAGUUCACCGACAACUGACCACUCUACCACAGACUCCACACCAGUGGUCAACACUAGUACUACAUUACCAAACUGAGACUGACAAUAGAAUUAUCCUAAUGUGUGAUUUUGAACAGACUGAAACUCAGCGAAUGACACUAUUUCACUACCAUGACACGUUGAUCUUCAGCAUUUUGUACAUUGCUUAAUAAGCAAGAUAAAGAUUCAUACUACAUCAGUAAAUAUUAAUGUAAAAUGAUAUAAGCUUCGUGUUUUGAAUUCAUAUUUUGUUAUGGCCUGCGCAGUCUACAUAUUUCUAAUAAAAGCAA